AUGAAUAAAUUAGAUAAUAAUAAUAAUCUUACAAAUAAUUAAAAAUAAUUCUAAAAACAUUAAUAUUAACAAUAAUUAUUAAAAAAAUUAAAAGAUUAAGGUGAAGUAAAAGAAAUACCUCAUGUAAAAUAGAAUAUUGAAGCUUCAAAUCCUGAAGUAGCACUUUAUGUUUUAAAAGAAUCAUUAUUAAGAGAUUAAAAUAGAGAAUUAUUAUAAACUAGUAAAUAAUAUUCAUUUGGGUUUGAUUCAAUUCUAGGUGCAUAUGGUUCAGAUUAAUCUUGUUUAAAAGUUAGAAAUACAAAUCUUGAUUAUGAUACAAUUGUGAAUGACAAUCAAUUAUUAGAAAAACAUUUAAUAGAAUUUAAAUAAAAACUAUCAAAUUCACUUAAUAUAUCAAUUGAUUAAAUUGAAAUUUUAGGAGUAUCAAAAGGAAGCUUUGAAAUUAAUUUUUAAAUUACAGGAAAAAAUUCAGAUGAACAAAAAUAGAAAAUUUUAGAUAAUAAAAAUCAAUUUUUAAAGGAAUAUUGUAAUGGCUAAAUUGAAUAUGUAGAUUAUUAUUAAUAAGCCAGUUAGUAUGCAAAAGGAGUAACUCUUUCUUCUGAUGAUUUUAAUCCUUCACAUAAUAUGAGUUGGGAUGGUUUUCAUGAGAAAGAAUAGAGAGGACCUCCUUAUCAUAGAUAUGAUUAUUAUUUUCCAAUUGGUUGUUAUGGAUUUGGGUUAAAAGUAAAAAGUGAUGGAAAUGAUGAUUGGAUAAAAAUGGAUGGAAAUCCUAAUGAAUGGAGAAUUAUGUAUCAUGGUACCAAAAAUUAAGCUGUUAGCGCAAUUGUUAAAACAGGAUUAAAUUGUUUGCCUAAUUCUAGAUAAGCUUAUGAUGAGAAUUAUUGUAUAGAUGAAUUUGGAAAUAAGGUAAAUGUGGGAAAAGGAAUUUAUUUCUCAGAUAGAAUUAGUGUUUGUCUUGGGUAUUGUUCAUAUACUUAAAUUGGUAAUAAAUAAUUUGCUGUUAUCUUUAUGUCAAGAGUAGAUCCAAAAAAAAUUAGAUAAAGUGAUAGAAUGAAGCCUAUAAAUUAUUUUGUUGUUAAUAAAUCAGAAGAUGUUAGACCAUACAGAAUUUUAUUACAUGAAAAAAAAUGA